AUAUAUUGCAAAAUAAAAUCAUAUCCAUAUCACUACCAUUCACCACCAUGGCAUCUCCCACCUUGAUCACCCCCACAACCUCAACCCCUAAACCCCUUGUACCCAUUAUCCGCUCCAAACUCUCCUCCAAUGCCACCACCACCCACCGCCGCAACUUCUUAUCAUCGUCAACAGCAGCCAUAAUAGCCCUGAUUUCUUCCCCAGUAGUACUACUGCCAGCAUCAGCUGCAUUGGCUGCUACUGAUGAAGAAUAUGCACAAGAAACAAAAGAGGUGAUCAAGAAGGUAAGGGACACAAUCAACAUGGACAAAACUGACCCAAACAUUGCAACUGCUGUGGCCGAGCUAAGAGAAACUUCAAACACAUGGGUUGCAAAAUACAGAAGAGAAAAAGCCUUGUUGGGCAGGCUGUCUUUUAGAGACAUGUACUCGGCCUUGAAUGCUGUCUCUGGCCAUUAUGUUAGUUUUGGGCCCACUUCUCCUAUUCCUGCUAAAAGGAAGACUAGAAUUCUAGAAGAGAUGGAUUCUGUUGAAAAGGCUUUGUUGAGGGGGAGAUAGAUAUGUAGCCAUUGAUGAGUUUAUUAUCCAUCGACUUGUAACAAUAAUAUUACUCGUAUUAUUUUUGUAUAAUUUAUAUAUAUAUGGCUUAUAUAUAUAAAAAUGUGUUAUCAUGAGGUUUGUGAUACAUUCCACACGGAUAAUUAAGGUUUGUGUUAUAUCA